AUGUACGACCGUAUUUCGGAGCCCUUUCAAAAGUUCCUCGAAACGCUGAAUUUCACAUUCCACCGCGCAGGUUUCAACGCGACGGCUAAAUCAAACGGCGCCUCUGUCUACAGUGGGCCGCGCGGAUACCCAGAGAACGUGGGUGAAGAGAUCAUCGCUGUUCAUCCUGCGAUACGUACCAACCCAGUGACAGGCUGGAAGUCCCUCUAUGCCGCUGGCUCAGAAGUUGGCUACUUUAACGACGUCACGACUGAGGAGUCUGAGAUGCUUCUAUCGUACGUCAAUAACAUCCUGAAGGACAAUCAUGAUCUCCAGGUGCGACUUCGCUGGAACGACGUGAACGACAUGGCCAUCUGGGACAAUCGAUGCACACUCCAUAACCCAACGUACAAUUUUGCCGGCAUUGGAGACCGUGUGGGACUGCGAGCAGUGUCGUGCGGAGAAAAGCCAUACUUGGACCCAGCGUCCAAGUCAAGGAGGGAGGCAGCUAAGGAGAAGGGACUGGCGAUUGGUGAUUGGGUCAAGGUAGCCUAA